GCCAUCGCUCCGGCAACACGUCGCGACCGUACCUCGACACCGAUCACACGUGCGUGGCGCAACCCUAUUUUGUUGUUCCAAUUUUAAAAGUGCUGUGCCAACUUGUGUGUAGGAUUUUACUUUUCGAUUCCCGAUUAAUCCAAACUGAACCGGUUCGAAGCAGUGUAGUGUUGUGAAAAAAGAUUAUGUGUGGUGACCGUUUGGCCACCAGCGGGGACCAAAGGUGACAAUUGUGACUAGAUGUCAGUUUUUAGUGGACAAUGAUCGUUUGGCGAGCGAAGAGUACUAGUCGGCGGAAAUUCGGUGACUGGUCCAAAAUGGCAUCGGAUAUCGCGUCACAUUUACCAAGGACAACGUUCAUUUGGAUAAUAUUAGCUUUAAUAAGCCCUCUUGCAAGGGCGGGCGAGCUAUGGCCUAUGGACCGGCCAGAUGGGAUGCCGGUAAUACAGUCGUUAGAAGUCAUGUGUGGCAAGGACCACAUGGACGUACACCUCACGUUCUCACAUCCGUUUGAAGGGAUUGUUUCGUCGAAAGGUCAGCAUGGCGACCCAAGGUGCGUGUACGUGCCGCCAUCUACCGGACAAACAUACUUUUCCUUUCGGAUCGCAUAUGCCAAAUGUGGUACAAAACCUGAUCUCCAUGGUCAGUUUUACGAGAACACUGUAGUUGUCCAAUACGAUAAGGACCUCCUUGAAGUGUGGGACGAAGCGAAGAGGCUCAGGUGCGAAUGGUUCAACGACUAUGAGAAAACAGCUUCAAAACCGCCCAUGGUCAUAGCAGAUUUGGACGUGGUUCAGCUAGAUUUUAGAGGUGACAACGUGGACUGUUGGAUGGAGAUCCAAGCGGGCAAGGGGCCCUGGGCUCCCCCUGUUUCGGGGAUCGUUCCCCUGGGAUCCACCUUGACGCUGGUCGUCGCUAUAAAUGAUUAUCGAGGUGAAUUCGACAUGCGCGUGAAAUCGUGCGCAGCUUCGGACGGCUCAGGGCACAUCAUCCAGCUAUCAGACGAGUACGGAUGCGUGUUGCGACCGAAAAUGAUAUCAAGAUUUCUCAAAGCCAAGGCAGCGGAUGAACGAGCAACGGUCAUAACAUACGCUUUCUUCCACGCGUUCAAGUUUCCUGAUGCCCUCAGCGUCCAUAUCAGGUGUAAGGUGGAGAUCUGCCGUCAUGGGUGUUUAGACCACUGUCAACUGGCGGGCGUGGCACAGCAAAGACACGGAGCUUUGGAUAGAAAGGACGAUAGGACGCAUCAAGACCAUAAUGAGAUCAAUCUAUCCACUUACAGUGACUCUUCAGCUGAGGGCUCAGAAACUAAUAUAGUUGAAGAGCAUCAACGUCUCCCGCUAGAAGAAGCUUUCGGAGACGAAGUAUCAGGCGACGCAGUUCCAGCCCCAGCACCUUUGGCAACUGCUCAAAGACCUCCCGCGCCUGUUAUCGAGCCUGAUAGUGAUCAUAUGUCGGCUGUAAAUGAAUUAGUCGAAGCUUUGGCUAGGCCGUUUACUGACCGUCCAUCUGACCUCAGCGACCGUGAACGCUUCCCACAAGGUCCUCGGAAUCUUGGUUCAGACGUCAAAAUAGAACCAUUAGGUGAUCGAGUCGUUUCUGCUAAGGCUCCUGGUCCAGCGGUUGCUGGACCCAGGUCUUUGAGGAAGCGUCGAACAGUGCGUGACGCGAGGUCUGCGGAUGUUGGCGUAUCGGGCAUUUAUGAAGUGGUGUCUGAAGCCGAUCUGGCUUUCGGACCAUCGAGGGAGCCAGUGACUGUAUUCAGUGGAAGGAUUCGGGAAGAGGUUGUUUACGGCAUCUGCAUGGGCGCUGUUAGUUUCGGCGCGCUAUUCGCAUCAGCCGCCGGUGCCGCCGCCGGCGCCGCCCUGGCCGCCGCGGUGAUGCUGCAGAAGCUGCGCUCGCGCAUGGCCGCGCCGCCUCCCCCGCCGUCGCCAGCAAACGCCUCGCACUCCUUGGCAGCGUGGAUGGCGCUACGGCUGCUCGGCUCUCCACCACCUCAUUCGCGUGAGGGCUGAUUUUAGAUUAAAGACUGUAUUUUUUUUCUCUUAGAUUUUGUGACGACUCCCACAGCAGAGAGAAAAUACCAGAAGUUUAUCUUAAGAGAUUUUUAGUUGUAUUUAUAAGUGUAACUUUAUGGCAAAUUAGAAAGGCAUUUUUUAGGAAUAUUCCCAAUUUAGCUCAAAUGCGCAGUUUUUUAUCUAUCGUUGUUUAACUACCUAUUAUUAGGAUUACUGAUUACUUUUAACUGUUAAAAAUGCCUACGAAGCAAGGGUAAAAAAAAUAUGAUGAUAAAUUUAUUACUCGUACGAGUACCUAUUGCUAUCAAAACUAUGUACAUCAGAAUUCUUAUUGUUGAUUUUCAAUAGAACUUCCUGGUUAUUUUUUAUUUCUGCUAUGAAUAAUUUUAUACAUGGGAGUUAGUCCAUAUUUCGUGUAUAGUGGAAUAUAACUUAAUUUUCGUAGGAAUUCCGAAUUCCAUUGAAUAGAGCGUUGAGAUACCUGAUAAAAUCCGGGAUUCAUGUUCCCCUUAUUGAAAUGUUAGCACGGUCAGUCAUAUUUAUAUUUCAUAUGCGCACAAAAUAUAGUAUAUAUAUUGAAUAGAUAUAUAGUUAAGAGUGAAAUAAGACAAAGCAGUUAAGAUUAUGUGUACUUAGAGUUAUUUUGAAGAAACCAAAGUAUACUUUCGUAAAAAAAAAUUAAAAUUAUCGGCAAUUUAUUAAGUAUUUAGGAUAGGAUAUUAUAAUUUAUAUUAGUUUUUACAUUUUCUCUUCACUUAUUAUUUUUUAACUUUUGAAUUAUAUUUUAAUGAUUAUUAUUUAUUUUAGGUAACCUAUGGCUAAUCGAUUUGCAGGAACAUCCAUGGUAACGAACUAUUUUAACUGUUUUGUCUUUUGCGCUCAAUAUACAUACGACUAGUAUUUAAAAUACAUAAACACACGAUUUUUGAAGAUGCAGAACUGUUGGUGCUAAUUUGUGCUACGGACAUAGUCCGACGUUUAUUCACAUAUGUGAAUAACAUAAUAUACAGUUAAGUUGUACAGAUUUUAACUAAAUCAUCGUGUUCUUAUAUAGCGUUAAGAAUAAGUCGAGUCAUGCCAUUAGGUUAAGUUUAGUUAAUUCGAUAUUUACAUUGCCUGACUUGCUCAAUAGAUAUUUAUCAUACUUCAGUGCAUAAUCACGAAGUUUAUUUAUAACAAAAUAUAAAAUGUAUCUAAUGCGUGACCAUUUUUUUUAAACUGGUCGCAUAAUUUUUAUUAACAGGAUUUUAUAAUUGGCAAAUAAAAACUAUUUAUCCAUAGCUCUUUUAAUAUGAUUCAGUAAUUUGUUGAUUUAAACAGAUUAAUUUACAUAAUUAUGAUUAUUAUCCGAAUCCGCUGAUGAUCCGCAAUUGUAUAAGUAGUAGUAUUUCUUAAUCAAAAUUUUAUAAUCAUUAUAAUAUUUAUACUUUUUCACGUUUUGGUAAAAAAAAAGAUUUUAGAAAUUAAGAAAGUAUUUUAUGAAAUGAUAUUUAAUUUUCGAACUUUACAAAAUACGGCAUUAAAUAUUUUUAUACAAACGCUUUCCCUUAAUUAUUAAGUUAGAUGUGUAAUGUGUAUUUUACUAAAUAAUAAUAUGUUUUUUACAAUU